UAGAAUAAUCAGAUCCUGGCAGCUUAGUGGAAGUUCUUCAUCACAGGUCACAAAAAGCCAGACAGCAGCUAUCAUGAGCUCCACGCAGUCAAACUUCUCUGCAAAUGUGACCUUUGUUCGUCCUGCAACAUUUUUCAUCAAAGGCUUUUCUAAUAUCCCACAUGUGAAAUACUACUAUAUGUUCUUGUCUUUGGUGUAUGUUGUGACUGUUUUGGGGAAUUCAUUUAUCAUGUAUAUCAUUUAUUUGGCCCGCAGACUUCAUACAGCCAAAUACAUUGCUGUUUUCCAUCUGGCCCUUUCUGAUCUUUGUGGAAGCUCAGCCUUGAUUCCAAAAAUUAUUGACACAUUUCUAUUUGAGCACCAGGAUGUUUCAUAUGAAGCGUGUUUGGCAAAUAUGUUUUUUGUGUAUCAUUUCAUGAAUCUGCAGUCUUUAACACUACUUGUCUUGGCUUAUGACAGACUGGUUGCUAUUUGUUUUCCUCUACGGUAUCAUGCCAUUGUAACCAAAACAGCCAUGUUUCUGAUCAUAGGUGUAAUUUGGAUCUUUUCAGUGACAUAUUUUUCUGUACUUGUAGGAUUGGUCAAUAGAAUCUCUUUUUGUGGAUCUAAUGUGAUCGAUAGUCAUUUUUGUGACCAAGGCCUUAUCUAUAAAUUAGCUUGUAAUGAUAAUUCUAUAAAUAUUAUGAUGGGAAAAAUUAGCUUUGGUCUCCUCAUGUGCACACCACUGAUACUGAUCAUAAUCUCAUAUUUCUGCAUUGCUCUGGCUUUGCUGAAGAUUGCUCAUGGGGCUGAACGGAUCAAAGCCAUGAAAACCUGCACCUCACAUCUCAUGUUGGUGGCAAUCGGUUAUAUUCCACUUAUAAGCAAUAAUAUUGCAGCCUUAACAACAACUAUCGAUCCAAACACCAGGAUAAUUAACAAUUCCUUGAGACAGAUAAUACCAUCUAUGCUGAAUCCCAUCAUAUACACUCUAAAGACAGAGGAGGUCAUGCUGUCCAUAAAAGAACUGUACAAACGAAGCACAGUGAAUAUGAUGACAGAAAGAAACAUGAAAUGCAUUAGGAUAAAUACAAAUUAAUAAUAACAGGUUUAAUCUCACUGCAUCAUCAUCACUCAACAUGCAUCACUGCAUCAUGAUCAUUCAACAAAUAUAAUAUAACAAACUUCAAGGAAUUUGCAUGUUUGAUGUUGUAACAGAUAUUGUGUUGUAAACAGGCCAAAUAUGUUUAAACUCUUGGGCUAAAACCUAUAAGGCUGCUUUGUGAUUUCUUUCUUUUUUCAAAACAAUAUAGAUUUCAAUCACGAUUCUAAAAAAUAAAUGUUUGAACAUUAUUCUCAAUAGAAUGUAAUGCAUUUUAGGUAAACAGUAAGAAACAUUUUGAUUGCAUUUAAUGUUGUUUUAUUAACAAAGUUUGGGAGGAACAUGUUCAAAUGAUCUAUCCAAUCAACACGUGAGGAGGCCUAUACAUAUACAUAGCUGACUCACUUAUGUUCUUCGACAGUUUUCUGCAUCCCUCCACCACCCAGACUCACCCAUUAUUGGCUGGUUCCUAUCCCAGCCAGGGAUACGAGGGAGUACUCUGGGUUUGGGCCAAAUUCCGAGCUCGGAGCUUUCCCAUCAGCACGCCAAAUACACAUAUCUUUUACUCUAUCUAAUAAUUUGUAAUUGUGAACUUUCAAUAUAACAGAUGUUUUAGGGGUUUGCUAUCCUCAUGAACUGAAAUCUUCACAUACCUGAAUAUUUUGAUGUCUUGAAUUAAUCAUUAGCUGCCAUUGGUUGGCGUUCUGAUUGUGACAAACAUUUUGUGAAUUAAACAGUGAUUUUAGGGGAUCAAUGAUUUUUCUUGAGAGUGAUCCCAGACUAUGUAAUGCAGGUAUGUGC